GACGGAGGUCAAUGCAAGCUGGGGUCAGUCAGGGCACCAGAUCCUGCAGGAUCCUGCGAAGACCCCCUCUGGCUGACCCGGGUUGGCGAGCCGCUCCUGGCCGCGCAGAUUGGCUGGCCCGGGUUUGCGAAGCCCUGCGUUGCGGUUGCUUUUUCUCCUGCAUUUUUGUGUGUGCUCUACGUGCGAGUGGUCAGAGUAUGAGUGGGCCUGAAAUGUGAAAGAGGGAGGGAUGCGCGAGGGAGUGAGUGCGUGAGCGAACGAGUGAGCGGGUGAGGAGGCGGAGGCGUCAGACUUUGCCGCGAGAACCUCAUAUUGCUGAUGUGGGGACAACAGCUGCUCGGGACGGCAUGCCGGUCCCACAGGGAGAGGCCCUGCGGCAUCCAGGACCCGUUUCCUCCAGGGCCCCCUUUGGUCCAUGGCGGACAGACGUGGAGCGGGCGAGAGGAGAUUCUCCGGGGCGGCGCUUCGGAUCUGCGUCGCACGUCUCAGGAGGUUGCCUCCGAUUCGGCGCAGGCGGUGGCGAGCGCUCCGGGGCCGACGCCCCCGGGGGAGGUGGAGUGCCCCAGUGCUGAUUCUGACGAUCCCGACCGCGCGGAGUGCUUGGCCAUGAACCCUCCGCCGACAGACCCGGUGAGGGUCCUCUUCUGCGUCCUCUGGGCCGCGUGGGCGAUCGGGCUCAGCGUCUUCCUCGCCAUUUAUUUUUUUCGGAUGGCUGGCUCGGGGCUCGACACAUCUGUGGUCGCCUCGGGGGUCCUUACUAAUUUUGUCGAGGGCAUCUUCUUCUUGUUCCGGUCAGCCUACUACGUCACGCGGGUCCCAAGCUACAUGUUCCCCUAUGGCCUUGCCAUACAGUUCUUCUCGGGAGUCGGACUCUGGUUCACGGCGAUUGCCAUGUUCUUCUACGGACGAGGCUGGAACAAAGAACUCGUUUGGACCAUCUUGUUCUCAAUCGGAGGAACCCUGUCGGUCAGCUACACGAUCUUCCUGCUGAAGGGGUACUUCCUCGUGGGUCAGGCUCUGUUCGUCCCCUGGUUUGAGAUUGCGCAGGUGUUCCUGCUGUCCAACGUCAUCGCCAUCCGGGGUACGGCGAAGGGCGAGGGUGCAGUCGCUGCCUGCCAGUUCCUCUCGGGCUUCUCGCUGAUGUUCGGGGUGCACAUCAUCGGCAUGGGCCUGAACGCGACGGGCCACGAGGAUUUUGAAAAGGUCUUCUUCCCUUUCCAGAUUAUCUGCCAGAUGAUCGGCUCCUUAACCACCACGCUGGCCUUGAUCAAGAUGACCGAGCUGGGUAUGUUCAAUGAUCGGUCCCACGAGCAGAUCCAGUACCCCCCAGGACUCCUUGCCACGUUGCACGCGGAGCGGGAGGCGCGCGACGCCCAUAAAGUCGGGGUCACCGCGGUGGUCUCCCCAGAGGGCAUUUGGAGCAUCGGGGUAGUGUUCGUCUUGCUGGGCUACGGCCUGUCCACGCUCAUGCUCUUCACCGUAGCGAUUCCUCGAAAGAGGGCCGAGGGGAUCGACUUGAUGGAGGUGGACCCCGUUCUGAGGCUCUACGGGACGCUCCAUCCGUGCAUCCUGUUGGACUACCUGCCUGGAACUCUCUUUGCGCAGCCCCUCUUCGACCUUAGCGUCCUCAUCUCACAGGUCUCGGCAGCGGUCUCGCUCGUCCGAGCCGCGCUCUUCGGGGACGUCUUCAUUCUGGGCAUCUUUGCCUUCAUGUUCGGGGUCUACAUGCCGUUGUCCUGCCUUUUCCAGCUGGUGUUCACGUUCAACCCUACAUACACAAGCGUGUUGUUGCAUUCGAUCCCCUACAUUCUGGACAACAUAUCUAAAGGAUGGUACUGCUUCUGCACUGCCUACGCUGUUUGGCAGUGGCCAGAGCUCGUCUUCCGCGAGCAAGUCCAUUGCACUUUUGCUGCGGGAUUUUAUAUACUUGCGAUCGUAUACGGAACUUUCUUCAUGUCCUCGAAGCUCAUGAGCAAUGCUGGACUGGGGUGCGACGGCCUGGAUCCCAGCAUGAUCUUCGCAAACUCCACGGUGCUGGGAGCGUGCCCAGCCAACGAAGUGCUGAAGGUUAAGGUCGACCCUUUCCCGCUGAUCAUGACCCUGUUUGCCCAGGGCCUGCUCUUCAGCUUGGGCCUGGUCUCCCCGCUGAAGAACAGGCCCCUGGCCUUCGAGGUGAGGUGCUGGGAGAGUGGAAUCCCGGCAGAUCUGUCGGCAGACCCGCACGGCGCCCUCGCGAUCCAGGAGACGCAGCAGCAGGAACGCAGGUUUUUCACCUCGGCCACGGGGGGCAAUGGCCACGGGCUCCGCCUGCUCGCGAAGAGGCCGCUGCUGUUUGCGAUGCUCGUCCUGGCGUUCUCCAUGUACUCUGCGAAGUGGCUCGCCGAGAAGGUCUAUGGGGAGCAGGUAGACGACUGGGACUAUCGUGACAAGUUUAUCACUCAGCCCAGCGCCUCCAUCGUCGCCGUCGGGUGGAUUGUCGUGCUCCAGUUUCUCGCCGCGAACGUCGCCCUGGUCGUCACCAGCGAGUACCGGAACAACUACGACGGCUUUGUGAGAUGGGUCGUCUACAUCAGUGGUUUGCUGCUUCUGUGCACUGGGGUGACCGCCCAUGCCGGCACUAUACCCCAUGCGCCAGCUUGGUUCCACGGCCCCGAGGCCUUCCUUGUGGCGCUGGCGCUCUGGAUACUCAAGGACGUCCUGCUACUCCAGCAGCUGUUGGACCGUGCUCGCACAUCGCUCCUGCAGAGUGGGGGGCACGUGUUAGUGACGAUGGUGUGGCUAGAAAUGGGACUGGCGGUGCUCGCCGGCGUCAGUGUCCUUGCAGCUGCGUUUUCACGGAUUGUGGCAUGGUCUCUUGGCAGCGGCUUCAAGAUGCCCGACUACGGGUGGAUGGCGCUUGUCGUUCUCUACUCCCUCUUCGACGUGCGCCGGGUACAGGUCAUCCUGUCCAACGUGCGGUGCGCGGACCAGGUCGAUCUCUUAGGCACCAGGUUCUUCCGUGGGUGGACAGAGGACCUCAAGGAGGCGUACGAGACUGUGCCGGUGCAGGAGGUGGAGAGAGACAUCUCGGCGGGCCACACGGAGUACCUCAAGGACCACGUGGAGCGGCUGCCCGAGGCCGCGGGCGCCGGGCCCAGGAGAGGGCCGCGGGUUACGCCGGCUACGCGGCCGUUCCGCAUCUCUCAGCGCCAGGCCCCAGGCCUCAGCAGUUGUCGCCGGGCGGGAUCCUGCCGGCCCCCAGGGCGCCCGAGAGCAGUUUGGUCUGCUAGCCCCGCCCCACGCCCGAGGGAGGAGGAGGGCGAUCUGUGUCUUGGCGACGCGCAGGGAGACUCUCUGGCCCUGCCGCGAGUCCUCCAGCUGCUACGUGCAUGUGGUGUCACACGGCAUCUCGUACAAUUCGGAGACAGUGCAAGGGUGUGGAGGCAGAGGCGAGCUGAUGAGAAACUGCAUGCGCGAACUUGCGACGAGACGCGCGCCGCCUCAAUGCCUCCCCGCGGUGCAACGAGCAUCGUCCGAACGUGGCCCGAAGAAUUGGCUGGGGAGGACCUUCGAAGGGGGCAUGGGGACCGAUUUUGAGUGGCUUCUCUUGGGGGCUCCUGAUGAGCCCCCCGUCUUCUUGGACGGCCGCCUCCUUGCCCGAGGAGCGGUGCGUGAACAAAGCCUUCAUGCUUCGGCCUCACGCGCGGCGCAAGGUCGGCGUCAGUCGUGGCACUUUUUGAUUUUGACGUGUCUGUGUGUGUGUGUGUGUGUGUUUGUUUUUGUUUCCGAGCCUGCGCAUGCUGUGCCAAUGAUGCCCAGUUGCAGGGCCGACAUUGACCGUCGGGACAUGCUGACAGUGGUUGCCUUUUUGUCCCGAGCCCGAGCACGCCUUUGCCGAUGAUGCAUCGGCAGGAGAGGGGCCUAUAGGGCCAGAACCGCCUGCGCCACCACGUGUGCUAGUCAAAAGCCCUGCAUGCGAGCGACAUGAUGGUGCACAGGAGGAAGAUGAUAAUGAUCGAAGAAAGAGAGCGCC